UCUUUAUGCAUCCAUGAAAAGCAUAGACUGGAAAAAAGUAAGGCUGGUGGGCUGGUGUUCUCAUAGUGACCUCAAGUCUCGCGUUACCAGCCUGCCAAAUCCCAUCAAAGAAACCAACCAGGAAGUGAAUGGCGGAAAUAUUAUAGAUCCACCUCACGCUUAUAGCUGACAACUUUUUUUUUUCGACAGUUACGUCUUUUUCCCACCCUGAAUGGAGAGGCCAGGCGUGCUAGCAACACUUCAGAUAAAAACGGCGGACGGAUUUAGAUAAACGAUGUCACGUUUAACAAGCCUGCAGGAUGUGUAACGUGAACGGACGGAGAGCCAGCCGAUGAUCCAGCUGAGAGUGUCCUGUCACCGACAUAUGGCCCUGCUCCUCAGCUAGCCGUGGGAGUCAACGCAACGAGACAACGCUUGCAUCAUGUUCCUGAAAACAUCGUUCACCAGUCUGAUCGUAGGGGUGUUUGUGGUGUACGUGCUCCACACCUGCUGGGUGAUGUACGGGAUAGUGUACACCAAACCCUGCGACAGCCCCAAAGGUGACAACUGUAUCACACCCUUCCUGGCAGGGAACCCGAAACUACAGUUGAGUAUCUACACUGCACUGCGUCCCAACGCAGAGGGAGGACAUACUCUGAUCCACAAAGAGGAAGACUUUGAUGUCAACAGCAAGUUUGAGAGGAUAGUCAAUGUCUCCCUACCUAAGAAGACCCGUAACAACGGCACUUUAUAUGCACUAAUAUUCGUCCACCAAGCUGGUUUCACUCCAUGGCAGGAUCCGCGACAGGUCCACUUGGUGGCUCAGCUCACCACAUACAUGGUCCCUAAACCGCCUGAGAUCUCUCUGAUAUCCGGAGAGGAUCAAACACAGGGUCAGAAAGACGAGGCCCAGCAGAAGAAACAGAGUGAUGGUAAUCCUGCAGCAGGAGAAGGUGCUGGAAGCGGACCCACUUCCACAUCAGAUCACCCAGUUUCCCACUGGCGCACCCGCCUCACGCUCAACAUUGUCGGCGACCACUUCCUGUUUGACAGAGAAUAUCUGCCAAGCGACGUCCACAGAUACCUCAGAGUAUUCCAAAAUAAUAAGAAGAUGGUGUAUCUACCUCUGCUUUUUGUUGAUGAGCUCAGCAACCGGGUCAAGGACCUCGUGGAGAUCAACAGUACCUCCAUGGAGCUUCCUCUGACCAUUUCCUAUGACUCCAUUUCUCUGGGAAGACUGCGAUUCUGGAUCCACAUGCAAGACGCUGUUUACUCUCUGCAGCAGUUUGGUAUGACGUUCUCUCUCUCUCUUUCUCUUUCUCUUUCUCUCACCCGCACACUUAAACACAGUUCUGUCCAGGAGCCGUUCCCUCCUAAUAUCAUGUGUCCGUCUAUGUCCAUGUGUGCUGCAGGUUUCACCGAGAAGGAUGCUGAUGAGAUUAAAGGGAUCUUUGUGGAUACCAACCUGUACUUCCUGGCUCUGACUUUCUUUGUAGCCGCCUUCCAUCUCCUCUUUGACUUCCUGGCCUUCAAGAAUGACAUCAGCUUCUGGAAACAGAAGAAAAGCAUGGUGGGAAUGUCAAGCAAAGCAGUGCUUUGGCGGUGUUUCAGCACCAUAGUGAUUUUCCUCUACCUGUUUGAUGAGCAGACCAGCCUGCUUGUCCUCAUACCUGCUGGCAUUGGCUCGAUCAUUGAGGUAUGGAAAGUGAAGAAGGCCUUUAAAAUUCAGGUUUUCUGGAAAGGAGGCAAACCAACGUUCCUGUUCGGCAAACUAGAUGAAUCGGAGAGGAGAACAGAAGAGUACGAUACUCUGGCCAUGAAGUAUCUGUCAUACCUCCUGUACCCGCUUUGUAUUGGAGGUGCUGUGUACGCUCUGAUAUACCUACGAUACAAGAGUUGGUACUCAUGGUUGAUCAACAGUUUGGUGAACGGUGUAUAUGCAUUUGGCUUCCUCUUCAUGCUUCCUCAACUUUUUGUCAACUAUAAGCUGAAAUCUGUGGCCCACCUGCCCUGGAAAGCUUUUAUGUACAAGGCAUUCAAUACCUUCAUCGACGACGUGUUUGCCUUCAUCAUCACCAUGCCAACAUCUCACAGACUGGCCUGUUUCAGAGAUGAUGUUGUGUUUCUCAUUUACCUCUACCAGAGAUGGCUCUACCCAGUGGACAAGACGAGAGUAAAUGAAUAUGGAGUUUCUUACGAUGAAAAACCCAAAGGAAAGACUCACAAGGACUAGAAAGGAAAGACGAGCUUCCAUUAUUUGGUAUCUGCUGGUUUUGUCUUCUGUCCGCUGGUCUUUACUGAUUUCAUCUCAUUUAAUCGUCCAGAGGCACCAGGAAAAAUGUUUUUGUUUCUGGUCAGUUAGUUUUAAAUGGACCAGUCGCAUCCUUGUGGUUUGUCAACUUUUUUUUUUUUUUAUCCCAUCCCAUAGUGCAAAGUGUUUUGAAAGGUCAACAUCUGUUUUUCUGCCAUUUGCAGUCCGGAGAGGGUUUUUGUUUGUUUGUUCUGCAGUGUGUGACUGGACCGGAGGAUCAAUAAGAUCAAUCUGUAAUCUUUUUCAAACCGAUGCAACAACCUGAAAAUACUUGUUAGUGAUCGGUGUGAAAUGGAUGGACCUGAGUUUAAAAGGCACUGCUCACUUUUGGUAUGAAAAAAAACAAAACACUGAUGACUACAGUAACUCUACUAUAGUAAAUAUUGGUGAUAACUUUGAGCAUUCUGUGCCAUAAAUUUCGUUCUUCCUGUUUUUCAAACACUAUUCCUCAUCUGUUGGAACAACUCCAUCCGGUUAAUAUAACUGACGGUCAAUUUCAGCCUUGGUUUCCAGCUUUGGGUGUUUGUAAAUUGUGCUAAGCUGCAGGAGUAUAACAUGAUUUAUUAGAUUGAAUUGCACUCCUGUUUUAGGCUGAAACCACUUCCUGAGAAACUCUGUAAAUAUUGUAUUGUCAGAAUAUUAACUGCAAUGUCAAAAAGGGAUUAUUAUCAUUUUAAUCAUUUGUGUUUACAAAUUCCAGUUAACUGGCAGAGUACAUUUUGAGGAGAGCCUGGUUCAGACCACUUUGAGAAACUUAAUUUCUAAAUACAUAUAUCUAGCAGUCGCAAAACAAGAGCUACUUGGUUAAUCUGAGAGGCUUCAUUAAAUAUCCUUAAGACUACAUAAUCCAGCUGCUUGUUUUACGCCUGCCGUAUAUCACACAAGCUAGCUUUCAUGUCAAGGGGCAACUGAAGCCGGCUGUGUGACUGCAGAGGGCUAGAAAUACUGUGCAUUGAAAAAUUAUAGCACUAUAUCCACUAAAAAUGGGUUUAAUUACCUUGAACAAAGGGCUGACAUGAGGAGGCAGCUUUAUUCAUUUACUUUUUCAGGCACUUCUAUGUUGUUAUUCCAUAUGACUUCAUAAACAUGAAAUCUGACAUUGAUUUGAAACUGAUAAUUACAGUAACGCUCAUAUAAUAGGCAAAUUUGGGCAGCACUGAAACAUAAGUGGAUGUGUUAUUGGCUCAGUUAAAAAAAAUAUAAAAAAUGGAGUGCUUUUCUAGAAAUCAUAUGAAAUUAUGUUAAAAAAAAUCCUUGUUAAAAAGGCUGUUAACAAUUUACCUGUUAUAGAAAGUAUCAAUAUGUAGACAUUUCAAAGUGUUUAUCCUAAAUUAUCGUGUGGACAAAACAAACGCAAGUUAAUUCUGGGACAAAUUCCAGAAUGACAGAGUGUUUAACCUGCCUGUUGAAAAGGGGCUUAAAAAUGACAGAAAUUUGUGUCAGAAAUUUCAAAUAAAUCACUUUAAGAAUUUUAACAAUGUAAUUUUCACCUAUCCACAUCUAAUGGCUGCUGUAGAAGCAAAAUAGAAGAUUCUUGAUUUGUUGCCAUGGUGACUGAAUGAAUUGCUUGAACAUUCCAGAAUCUUGAGCUGCAGUAGAAGAGGAGAUUCUGGUUUGUUGCCGUGGUGACUAUAUAAAUUGCCUAAGCAUUCCAGAAUCUGAUGAAAGUUCUAGAAUCUGUUGAGCUGAACAGUCUGAGCGUCCUGCUCCGUCUACACAUUAAAAUAAUACUGAAUUUUGCUUCACUGUAACACAGAAGGAUACCACUGAAAGCCACAUUGUCCUUUCCAUCCAGUCUAGUUUUGUGGUUUUACCUGCUUGAGUAUUUUUUUAUUUUUUUAUUUUUUUUUUUACAUAUCAGGGCCAAGAAAAUAUGUUAGUGCCAAAUGUGAGAGUGAUUCUUUGAACUGUUUGUGAGCUUUAUACGUUCACCAUAAAUGGUCCAUUUGAUGUUUUUAAAUAGACACUGACAUUCUGGGAAGCAAAAUUAUAAAUGAUAUGACUUAAAGAAAGUAUUACUACAUCUGAAUUCACACAUUUGUCACAUUUUGAUUGUUGUUGUGUUGUGUUAUGUUCUAGUUCAUGUUCAGAUAUGAGGAUAUAUUAGGUCUGUCUACAAAGAUCAGCGCAGGUUUUCUAUUCCGGUGUAAAUGCAGCCAGCAGAGAUUCACCAGAAAUAUGCCUUGAAAUGGUUUACUUAUUGUAAUGUAAAUAAAGUUGACUGAACAUGUUA